AAUUUACACUAUUAAUGGUAGAAGGUAGAUUUAUAGGACGUUUAAGGAAUUGUAACACUCUUCAGUGCGUUAUAUCAAACGUGAGUAGUUGAACUAUGGAACACCUUCCUUUCAAUACUGGCCAGAUUCAGAUUAUUUUUGGUCCAAUGUUUUCUGGGAAAACUACAGAAUUAAUACGACGAUUGAAACGUUACCAGAUAGCAAAGUACAAGUGCCUUAUUAUAAAAUAUGCAUGUGAUGAUCGCUACAGUGCAAGUGACAUUGUUAGUCAUGAUCGUCAGUCAUUGGCAGCUGUUUCUGCAAGAAAGAUUACAGAUUUCGGAUUCAAAGUUCUUGAGUAUGAUGUUAUUGGUAUUGAUGAAGGCCAAUUUUUUCCUGAUAUAGUGGAGCGUUGCGAAGAAUUUGCAAACCUUGGUAAGAUAGUGAUUAUAGCAGCACUUGAUGGUACAUUUCAGCGAGUUGGGUUUGGGAACAUUUUGAACCUUAUUCCUUUGGCUGAAAAUGUGGUGAAACUUAAUGCUGUCUGCAUGAUAUGCUUCAGAGAAGCUUCUUUUACGAAGAGGAUUGGUAGUGAGACAAAGUUGGAGGUGAUUGGUGGUGCAGAUAAGUACAUGGCUGUCUGUCGAGAUUGCUACCGUGAACCUGUUGUGUCAAGAUCUCUACAGAAGCAAACAGAUAAUGAGGUCACAAAAAAUAUGGACGUUAUUAAUUGCAAGGUGUCACCUAAGAAAUCAUUGCUUCAAGAAGGAGCAGUAACUGUUUGCAUCUGAAGCAUUUUGUGCUUCAUUCUGCAAAAAUUAUUGUUACAUGUAGGCAACUAUUAUGUUAUGUGGUCUAAAUAUAUAAUAAGCAUGAAUAAAUUUUACACCCAUUUUAAGCUGUUUAUAAGAGUGCAUCAAAAGUUAAUGUUCAUAAGUCUAAAAUGAAGAGCAGUAAGAGGGAACUGCCAGAAUUGUUAGUUAUUAACAUGGAAUUUUGUGUGAAAUGGUCUCACUGCACUGUGAACAUUGACAUUUUGCUCUAGUUUAUUUGUUGGGUGAACAUAUUUUAGGUAAAUAAGUGGAUUUGCUCUGAAACCAGUGUUUACUGUGAAUUUCUAGUUUGAAAAUGGUGAUAGUGAUUCAAUUCAAUAACUGAGGUCAUGUUUGUGGCUGCUGUCCUUGUUGAACAUACCCUGUUGCCUUCAAAUCAUCAUAGUAGUUUCACUAUUAUUGUGGAUAGAUGGCAGUACGGUUGUAUGUUACGUCAUUCACCACGUGCGUGGUCAAUUUUUAACUUUGUCUGUGAUCUGUAUGUAUCUUUGUGUGGAAGCAUUUGUAUAGCUACGCCGUUGUCAAGGACACGUGGAAUAAGAUUUUUGAAUUUAGGAUGGUUUAAUGUGACCGGUGAGAUGUGGAAAACAAGUGUUUUGGACUUUCAAGGCACAAAUGGACAGUGUGAGUAAACUGCUGUUGAAUUCUAUGGUGGUGGUUGUCUGUAGUCUGGUAGAAGUAUACCGACGUUUCAGAGGUCCUUGCUGCCUACAGCCAUGUUCAGGCUCACCGCCGUGAAAACCCUAUAUAUUGAAUUCCUUACCGUAUAUGACUGAAAAGACGAAGGGAAGUCAUUAGCAUGCGUGAACUUUCACUAUCGGCACUCAAUAAAUAGUUCAACGUUGAUGCAUGUUUAUUCUGAGCAAAAACCACAAAAAUUUGAACAAUUGCAGUUCCAUUAACAUUUUAUAUGUAAGGCUCUUACAAAUAAUGUGCCCUUCCUUAAUAUGUUUUAUUUUGACGAUAUCUUAAAUUUAUCCUCUACUGCCAUCUUUAUAUAUUAUAACCUAAGCGUUUGUGACAUUUCGACAAUUAAAAUAUUAAGUUGCCAUGGACAUGUAAUAAAUUAAGGGCGGAUUAAUUCCUAAUGCUUGUUACCAUGCAGCACAGAAUGUUCUGUAUUCGUAGCUGCUAUAACAAAUUUUAGGGUACAGAUUAACUAAUUUUCCUUGACGUUUUUUAUGAAGUAUGAUUUUAUAAUUCACGGCGGCGAGUAUGAAGGUAACUGUCUUAUGAAUUGUGGCGCCAUGUAGUCUGGUAGAAGCACACAGACGUUUCGGAGGUGCUUGCUGCUUCCAUCAGGCAGCUCUGAAACAUCUACCAGAUUACAUGGCACUGUAACUCAUCAGAACACUCCAUGACAAAGUCGUCGACAAAUGUUGGCGUACAAUCAUCACUGGACCUUCCUGGUAAGUUACGGCAAUUCAUACUGCAAGGAAAUGUACAUUUGCCCAGAGGUGGCCCCUAAAAAUGUGAGGUCCAGUCAAUUUGUUAAGAAUGAUGCCAAACCACAUGCUUAUUGCUUACUUAGUCUUACGAGCAUUAUCAGGAUGUGUGGUAUGCUAUAAUCUAAGGUCAAUAAUGGUAAUCUGUUCAUGUUUUCAUGACUUCAUAUUCUCCAAACAAAUUGUUCUGAAUAGUACACAUGUUAAAACACUUUCUAUUCAGAUAGUGAACUUAUUGUUUCAUCCUUCUUUCCAUAUCAGUUCUUUGUGGCAUCUUUCCUAGCAUCUUGAUCUCAUUUUACCUCUUCAGUGUAAUGUUCAAAUUGUAUUUACAAAUCCUCAGUAUUAGUAAUAAAUACCCGUGUUUUUGCGAAGCUGCUGCUUAUAAAUGAAAACAGCAAGUCUUGAGAUGUGUUAAUAAAAAUUUGUUUUAAAUUUAAUCCUGUGAAAUGUUCCAUUAGUGACCAGUGUACAAUAAAACAUGGUUUACAAUAUGCAUGGGAAUAUCACAUUCCUUUGUGCAUUAUAUAAAGGUACAACCAUCCUACAUUAGAUGGUAUGUUUCAUGUAUUUGAUACUUUCUAUACAUUUUACUUUUGUGUCUGCAACAGUAAGUUCAAACUGAUAAUAAAAGUGUGCAAGUGUAAA